GUCACCAACGUGUCCUGUCCCAGUAUCUCUGACCCAGUCCAGGGCGGAAAGGGUGCGGGUCCUGCCCGCCCCCAAGUCUAGGGGCGGAGUUUCGCUGACCCCGGAGCCCGAUAAAUCCUCAGCCCGCCGCCGUCAGCUGUCCCUUUUAGCCCCACCAAGACCUCCAGCAGUCAGCGCUGACAAUAUCGCCCAGGAAGAGGGACAGACGGCUGGGUGGUGGAUACUCGGCCGCCCUGGGCAGCCGGACCGAGUGGGAGGCCAGGUGGACGGACAGAAAGACGGCGGAAACAGACGUGAAAACGAAGAGGACGGCAGGGAGGCAGACGACCCCAGAGAGGAUCAACAGAGUCCUUGCCCAGCCCACCGGGGACCAAAAGGGACCCGAGUGCGGUCUCGCUGCGGAGGCUGAGCAUCCUCCCACCUCCGUGCAGUCCUGCCUUCUCGGCCGCUGCCAACUUCCCUCACCGGGGCUCUCGGGUGGCUGGAAGGGUCGAGGACUUGCCUGGUCCCUGCACCUGCACCUCAUGGCCGGCGUCAAGGCAGGGGUGCGGGCCACGUUCGGAGCCUGGGACUACGGAGUCUUCGCCCUCAUGCUGCUGGUGUCCACCGGCAUCGGGCUGUGGGUCGGGCUAGCGCGAGGCGGGCAGCGCAGCGCCGAGGAGUUCUUCACCGGGGGCCGGCGCCUGACGGCCCUGCCCGUCGGCCUCUCGCUGGCCGCCAGCUUCAUGUCGGCAGUACAGGUGCUGGGAGUGCCAGCCGAGGCCUAUCGCUACGGCCUCAAGUUCCUCUGGAUGUGCCUGGGACAGCUGCUUAACUCUCUGCUCACUGCUCUGUUCUUCCUGCCGGUCUUCUACCGCCUGGGCCUCACCAGCACCUACCAGUACCUGGAGCUGCGCUUCAGCCGCGCUGUGCGGCUCUGCGGGACCCUGCAGUAUCUGGUGGCUACAACCCUGUACACCGGCAUCGUGAUCUACGCUCCCGCUCUCAUCCUGAACCAAGUGACCGGGCUGGACAUCUGGGCGUCGCUCCUGUCCACCGGAGCCAUCUGCACCUUCUACACUACUGUGGGUGGCAUGAAGGCUGUGAUCUGGACUGACGUGUUUCAGGUCUUAGUGAUGCUGACUGGUUUCUGGGUCAUCCUGGUCCGCGGGACUAUGCUCAUGGGUGGGCCUGAGCAAGUGCUCGAGCUUGCCAAGAACAAUUCCCGGAUCAACCCGAUGGACUUUGACCUGGACCCAAGGAGCCGCUACACAUUCUGGACUUUUGUUGUGGGUGGCACAUUGGUGUGGCUCUCAAUGUAUGGCGUGAACCAAGCACAGGUGCAGCGCUAUGUAGCCUGUCGCACAGAGAAGCAGGCCAAGCUGGCCCUGCUCGUCAACCAGCUGGGCCUGUUCCUGAUUGUGUUCAGCGCUGCUGCCUGUGGUAUCGUCAUGUUCACACUCUAUAUUGACUGUGACCCUCUCCUCGCGGGGCGUAUCUCCGCCCCAGAUCAGUACAUGCCCCUGCUGGUGCUGGAUAUCUUCAAGGACCUGCCUGGAGUCCCUGGGCUCUUUCUGGCCUGUGCCUACAGCGGCACCCUCAGCACCGCAUCCACCAGCAUCAAUGCCAUGGCUGCUGUCACUGUGGAAGACCUCAUCAAACCUCGGCUGCCAAAUCUGUCCCCCCGGAGACUCGUAAUCAUCUCCAAGGGGCUCUCACUCAUCUAUGGCUCCGCCUGUCUCACCGUGGCGGCUCUGUCCUCCCUGCUGGGGGGCGGCGUCCUCCAGGGCUCCUUCACCGUCAUGGGAGUCAUCAGCGGUCCCCUCCUCGGAGCCUUCAUGCUGGGAAUGUUCUUCCCCUCCUGCAAUACGCCAGGCGUCCUGUCCGGGCUGGCGGUGGGCUUGGCACUGUCGCUGUGGGUGGCCGUGGGCGCCACUCUGUACCCGCCGAGCGCGCAGUCCAUGGGAGUCCUGCCGUCAUCGGCCGCCGGCUGUGCUGUGCCGUCAGCCAAUGCCUCUGGCUUCCUGGACCCACUUCUCGCCGCCAACGCCUCCAGCAGGGCUUCCAGCCUUGAAAUGGAUCCUGAUCAAUCCACCUUAGCUGACAGCUUCUACGCCAUUUCCUACCUCUAUUAUGGUGCCCUGGGCACACUGAGCACCGUGUUAGGUGGAGCCCUCAUCAGCUGCCUGACAGGCCCCACCAAGCGCAGUGCUCUGGGUCCCGGUCUGCUUUGGUGGGACCUCAUGCAGCAGACAGCAUCGGUGGCCCCCAAGGAAGAAGUGGCUACCCUGGAUGAUAGUUUGAUGAAGGGUGCUGAGGCACUGCCCCCCAGAGGCAAGAGCCCUCCUAACUUCCUGCCCAAUGAUGAGGACCAUCUGCCCUUCCUGGGGCAGAAAGAGGUGAAUGGAGCCAGCUCCAGGACCCCUGACAGUGAACAUGACAAAGGUUGUGACCUGCGGGAGACAGACCUCUAAGCCAAUCAGGGACUAAACGUCUGGGAUGGAACCUCAGGGAGGCAAUCCCAGGCCAUGGGCCAAUGGCCGUAGGCUCCGAUUGGCUGGACCACAUCAUAUGCAAAUAAGCUUGGGACUACAUGCCCUUGCCCUAUGGGAAGUGGUGAAGCCCUGCUUGCAGAUCAUUUUAUCUUGCCUCCUGCUUCCAGGCAGCCCCUAGUCUUAGAUGCUGCACUCCUGCCUGCUCCCCCAAAAUGAGGCCAAAUUUUUCUCUACCUAUAAAAAAAAGAUGUUGGAGUCUUCUUUGAACAACACAAGAAACCCCCAGGCCCAACAUUGGGGUCUGAGAAAGACCCCAGCUCUGAACGUUGGCAAUGAUUUUUGAGGUCCUCGGGCCCAACCCCCUGUACCCACUUCACAGGUGGGGAAACUGAGGCCUGGAGAAGGGCAUUGACUUGGCCAAGGUCACAGAGCAAACCAGAGACUCAUCAAGAGUUGGACACCAGCUCUCCUUGCUUCAUCCCCUCCCUGUGUUCAUCCAUUUGGAGGGACAGACAUCA